CGCCUCAAUACUGUUGCGAUGGGGAGGAUCAGGAAAAACGACUUUUGGAUUUUGACUUUUUCUUUACUAGUGACUUUUGUCUGUGCUCAAAGCGUCAAGGAUCUCAAAGAUCCGAGCAAUAUGCCUCUGGUAAAAGAAACAGUGGACAGACUGAUGAAAGGAUACGACAUUCGGUUGAGGCCAGAUUUCGGAGGUGCGCCGGUGGCUGUGGGAAUGAAUAUAGACAUAGCCAGCAUAGACAUGGUGUCUGAAGUCAAUAUGGACUACACCUUGACGAUGUACUUCCAGCAAGCGUGGCGGGACAAGCGCCUGUCCUACUCUGAGAUCGCCUACAACCUGACUCUGGAUAACCGAGUGGCGGAUCAGCUGUGGGUCCCCGACACCUACUUCCUCAACGACAAGAAGUCCUUCGUUCACGGCGUCACCGUCAAGAACAGGAUGAUCCGUCUCCACCCUGAUGGCACGGUGCUUUAUGGACUCAGGAUCACCACAACCGCAGCCUGCAUGAUGGACCUGCGCCGCUACCCUCUAGAUGAGCAAAACUGCACCCUGGAGAUUGAAAGCUAUGGCUACACCACAGAUGAUAUUGAGUUUUACUGGCGAGGUGGAGAAGGGGCUGUGUCCGGGGUUGACAGAAUAGAACUGCCACAGUUCUCUAUUGUCGACUAUAAACUCAUCUCUAAAAACGUGGUCUUCUCUACAGGUUCCUACCCCCGCCUGUCCCUCAGCUUCAAACUGAAGAGGAACAUUGGUUACUUCAUCCUGCAGACAUACAUGCCUUCCAUCCUGAUUACCAUCCUCUCCUGGGUCUCCUUCUGGAUCAACUACGACGCCUCAGCUGCCAGAGUGGCCCUGGGGAUCACUACGGUGCUGACCAUGACCACCAUCAACACCCACUUGCGAGAGACGCUCCCAAAGAUUCCCUACGUGAAGGCUAUUGACAUGUACCUGAUGGGCUGCUUUGUGUUUGUCUUCCUGGCCCUGCUGGAGUACGCCUUCGUCAACUACAUCUUCUUCGGCCAGGGCCCCCAGCGACAGAAGAAGGCGGCUGAGAAAGCAGCCACGGCCAAUAACGAGAAGCUGAGACCCGACCCCAACAAGUGGCUGGUGGGAAAUGUAGUUCAGAGAGAUGAUGCUCUGUAUGCCAGAAUGAAACAGAGGGAAAUUGACGCAUAUGACUCGAUGUGGGAUCCCAUCUUUGUGGACGAUGCCGCAUUAGGACUAGGCGAGCAAAGAAAUAAGAUGACUCCCGACGACAACAUCCUGUUCAGCACCCUGGAGAUGAAGAAUGAGAUGGGUGGUGGCGGUGAUCUGUCCCGGGGCCUGGGAGCACCUGGAGACCCCCGCAACACCAUGCUGGCCUAUGAUAGCUCGACGCUGCAGUACCGCAGGGCAGCCAUGGCCCGCCAGAACUAUGGCCAUAGCGCCUUGGAGCGCCACGCCCAGAAGAAGUCGCGCCUACGAAGACGGGCCUCACAGCUCAAGGUGAAUAUCCCAGACCUGUCUGACGUGAACUCUAUCGAUAAAUGGUCCAGGAUGAUCUUCCCCACCGUCUUCUCCUUCUUCAACGUCGUCUACUGGCUCUACUACGUCCAUUAAACCCGGCGGCGUCCGGUGGCCAGC